AUGUUGGCAUCUGACUUACCAUGCGAGAUUCUCAUCAAUAUUGCAAACCUCGUUUCAUUCAAAGACAAGUCUCCUUGUUCACUCACUUGCAAAGCAUGGCAAGCGCCCUUCCAAGAAGCGAUGCUGAACGAAAUAGUGAUAUAUGACCAGAAGCAACUAGAGGAAAUAUGUGACGAAUUUAUUACUAAUGAUAUUGUAUAUCAAAAAAAUGGUCAGUACAUGCGAUAUCUCUACUUAUAUGGGGAAUUCCAGGCAAGCGAUGAACAGCUCCAUAUCCUUCAGCAACACUUUCGGAAUAUAAAAUACCUUUAUGUCAAGCAAGCUCGUAUAAGCAACUUCAACUUUGGAGCUACAGCAAACUGGAGACUUUGGGAUGCACUAGUCGAGUUACAGAUCGUCUUGGAUGAUGUACGUAUUGAAAAUGCAGAAAGAAAGUUUCUCGAUAUCAUGUCUUGUCUACCUCGCCUGAAACGGCUGGAGCUUAUCCGUCAUACUUGGCUUCCGGUGCGACUAAGAUUCACACUCGAAGAUUUUGAAACCCUUCACGAACACUUGCCACAACUGAAGAAUCUAAGUUUGAGUACAGAUCUGACAGUUCUUUCAGCCGUAGAUAUGAUACAUAUUACCGAUGUAUCUCCAGCAAAGGGCCUGGUAUUUUUUGAUAUUGAUAGUAAAACUACAGAUUUUCGAUGGCUGAGUUACUUUGCACGGAAAUACCCCGCCUUACAUACCUUGAGGUGGGCAACCUGUAAUAAUGAAAUUACACUGGAUGAACACCAAGACGAAGCAGUCGCUUUAUUUAAAGCAAUCCCUACUGGGUUUCAGAACCUGAGAAUAGCCUCGAUAAGAAGCGAGGAAUGCCCAAAAGGAGAACAUCUCAUCUUUUGGAGAUCAUUUUGUCCGUCCAAUAUACCCAUCAAACAUUUGACGUGCAGACCUUAUUUAUCCAAAAAUACACCAGAAGUAUUCGAAGAAAUUAUCAAGACAUGCAUGCGCUCAUUCUCAAAAACGCUUGAGAGUCUCUCCAUCAAAUGUCGGUUCAUAUUCAAUACUCCAUUUACAAUCACAAACUCAUUCAACCACUGUCCCCGGCUGGUUUACUUGAGAAUUGGAUAUUGUAAUACAUCGAUUGAAUUGGACGUUCUUCUGGAGCUUUGUGCUUCUCUAACAAAUCUUAGACUUUCUCGCGGGCGACUGCUUGUUAGCUCAACAGCUUCCAAAAACGUUUCUAUGUGUAAACUACGAGUGGUAGAAAUCCACAGAUCGACCGUCAGUGCUGAAACGCUCGAUUAUAUAUCAUCCCGCUGCAAAAAAUUGGACGACAUUCAACUGAAAAAUACAAAAGUUAUAGGAUCUAUUUUCCAAAACACCAGAAGUCUCUUUAUUGACAUGUCAGGAACUCGUUUUGAGAGAUUUUGUUUCGAGAAUGUGUGGUUCAGCACAUUAGAAGAUGACGAAAAUGGCAGCAGCAAUCUCAAUCUUAUAGUUAUUUCUCACCCAACUAUUGAUCAACAGACAACAGAUACCCUAAACACCAUACCUUCAGAAAAGGUAUCUCCAAAGAACACAAUAGAGUACACCUGGCUAUAUUCCUCGUAUAAGAAGGACAAUAACAAUAGCUGGAGUUCUGUAAAUUGGAGGCUAUCAAAAGGCCAAGCAAACUGGGCAAGAAAGUACUUUCGUAACUUUGAGCUUAAAAGAACUUUAGCCGGAACAAAGUAUUCUUUUGAUAGCACUGUUGAAAUAACCGGAGAAAACUGGAAAGAGCAUCUUUUUAACGGCUUUACUACACUCAAGUGCGGAUACAUAGCCAACCUGGACGUUGCUGCUUAA